AUGAGCUACCCAUCUGCAGCCCUCCUGCUGGACCCAAAGGCAUAUAAAAGGCAGAAUACAACUGGUAAUAUUUCACCUCUCGUUCAUAAACCCAAAACUGGCUGUGCAAUGGAUGGUGGUCAAGCAGUCAGAACUCGACACUUGAGCGAGCCACUCAUUUCGCAGCCUGUUGCACCACUUUCGAUUUCUCGGAAGCGACAAGCAAUAGAUGAUUUUCAUUUGUUCGGAACUUCAGAUACUUACACAUAUCUCAAAGGCCGACCUACCACAGGGAAUAAUAACAAACCUCCUGAUUCCCCGGGACUCUCUGCAUCUGAAGCUCCCCCCGGAACAUCAUUUGACCCAAAGCUUCUCCUCCAGCCUCGACAAUACAAAUUCCCGACAAGACCUUUUCCGAAUUCGAACCACUCUCAAGACUUGAACAGUUCAACCCGUAGCCGCAAUGGCACCAAGACUCCUACAAACACGAACUCCAGUACGUCAGUGACGGGAAAUUUGCCGCCAGAGUCAAACAAGGCACCGGCAGCAGCACACAGCAAUAUGAUUGAGGACAUAUAUGGGGUUGAAAGACGGGAGAACCAGCCACAAAAACGAGUCAAAGUCGAUAAAGGGCCUUCCACAGGCACUAACGGUGGGCCAGAUGCAAGAUUCUCGGGUACUAGCAGCUCGGCUCUUGGAAGCUACAUGAAAGAAAAGCUGGAUGAUAGUGGAGCUACUGUCACUGCAAACAACCCAAUUGACCUUACUGCAGGUAUGUCUGGAGUAUUCACUUACGGCGAGACGAAGAUAAAUGAAUUGACAAUAAUCUUAGAAAAAGACGAUAGGAACGAUGACGAUGUCAUUUUUGUUGCCAAUAAGGAGAAAGGCGCCGAAGAAGUGUGCUACGGGAAGAUUGAGGGCGCAACAGUACACGCGCAUAUGAUCCCAGCCCUUCCCAAAUCUGCGUUUGGUGCGACCGCAUCAAGUUGGCCGUCUAUACGCUGUCAAUUGGUCCGGACGAGAAGUCACAAUAUAACGAUUGACGUCCGCGAUGUGGCUGGAAAUUCGUUUGGAGUUUUAGAUAAACAUGUUUCUGUGGCUUUGGCGCCUCUACUUGAUAUGACAUUUGAUUUGAGAACCCAAGCCCGUCUUGAUGCACGCCGGAGACAGCCAGAUGAGCAGCCUGGCCAGGCCUGCUCUGAAAUAUUCCGCAUCUCGAUCAAUCUAUAUGGCCCGAGACGGAUUGCUGAUACCAUCGGCCGUGUUUUAAGCCAGAAGAAUAUUUGGCUCGGGAUACCCAAUUCAGUUGAGGCUGGCAUUGCGACUUACAACCCUCAUGCUGAAAGGCGUCGAUUAAUGGCAGCUGCAUCACAGCAACAACAACCUCAGCAAACGCCCAGAUAUGCUGUUCAAUCCGAAGUCCGCACGGCAGAAGAAAUUAGCAGUGCCGUUACGAAAAUGUUUGACCAGCUCCAAAGUGCCCAGAAUCUCCCUGAAAUGGAAACCCCUGACUUACUAGAGACUCAACUGCUUCCACAUCAAAAACAGGCCCUCGGGUUUAUGAUGGAAAAAGAGAAACCACGCAAAAUAAGCACAAACGAAGCAGAAAACAACUCACUCUGGAGAGUUGAACAAAAGGGAAAUGGACGAGUUUAUCGUGAGAUCAUCAGUGGCGUAACUCUUGCAGUAGAACCUCCACAGGUCCUAGGUGGUCUACUGGCAGAUAUGAUGGGACUGGGCAAGACUUUAAGCAUUUUAUCCCUCGUAUGCUCGUCUCUGUCGGAUGCUACGGCCUGGGCAUGUGAAAAGCCUGCAGACCCGUCCUUGAUAAACGCAAAAACUACGCUCUUGGUAUCUCCCCUCAGUGCUGUCGGGAAUUGGGUAAGCCAGAUUAAAGAGCACAUCAAGGACGGUGCUCUUUCAUACUAUGUUUUCCAUGGACCGAAUCGAACAGAAGACCCGAAGGAACUAGCACGGUAUGACAUUGUCAUCACUACAUACACAACUAUUUUAAGUGAUGUGUCCGGUAAAAGCUCCAAGAGAGGUACGAGCCCGCUUGUGCGAAUGAACAUGUUCCGCAUUGUUCUUGAUGAAGCGCAUAUUAUUCGAGAGCAGAACGCGGCUCAAAGUCAAGCUAUAUUCCAACUCAACGCGCAACGGCGAUGGUCUGUCACCGGAACUCCGAUCCAGAACAGACUUGAAGACCUGGGAGCGGUGCUGAAGUUCCUGAGGCUAUCACCUUAUGAUGAACGAGGCCGAUUUGCAGCGCAUAUAGUUUCACCUUUCAAAACCGAGAAUCCCAACGCCAUCACCAACCUGCGUGUGCUGGUUGAUUCAUUUACUCUUCGUAGAGUAAAGGACCGUAUCAAUUUGCCUGCUCGACAUGACAAGACCGUGAUGCUUACUUUCACUGAGCAAGAGAGGAGACUCCACGAUUUCUUCAAGAAGGAAUCUAAUGUCAUGAUGAAUGUUGUUGCUUCAGAAACCCGCGGAAAGGCGACUGGUAAAAUGUACCAUAUUGUCUUGAAGGCCAUGAUGGUACUCCGGCAAAUCUGCGCUCAUGGCAAGGAACUAUUGGACAAGGAAGAUCGGGAACGUUUCCGAGGACUUACUGCAAACGACGCCAUUGAUAUUGAGGAGUUGGAUGACGACCAUUCUACCACAGCUGCUAGUAGAAAGGCGUAUGAGAUGCUGUCGUUGAUGAAGGAGUCAUCAGCUGAUACCUGUGCUCGUUGUUCAAACUACAUUACCUUGCAGUCCGACGACAGUCCCGGUCCCUGUGAUAAAAACGCCAUGGUAGCAGCCAUUCUGCCCUGCUACGAUAUUUUGUGUGCCGAGUGCUUUGUCCCCAUUGCACCUAGACUGGAUGAACUAGCUGGCAAACCCGUACAGGUAUCUUGCAGCUUUUGCAACUCCGUGAUAGCUCCGGCUUACUCUGUCAUCACCACGGCAGGGUUCGAGGAAUAUCAAGCCUCGCUACUCGACAACAAAAAGAACCGCAAACAGACUAAAGAAUUCGGGCUUUACGAAGGGCCUCACACAAAGACAAAAGCUCUGAUUUCGCACCUUUUAGACACGGCUGAGGAUAACAAGAAAUCCUCCUGCCAACCACCGAUCAAAAGUGUUAUAUUUUCUGCUUGGACAUCGCAUCUUGAUUUGAUAGAGAUUGCUCUCGAGGAGAAUGGGUUGACGGGCUAUGCCCGUCUAGAUGGCACCAUGUCCCUGAAGCAACGAAAUGCAUCCAUCGAAACCUUUUCGACAGACAAUAAUGUUACAAUCCUUCUAGUAACCAUUGGAGCUGGCGGAGUCGGACUCAACCUGACUGCAGGCUCGAUGGUUUACAUCAUGGAACCACAGUACAAUCCCGCGGCUAUUGCCCAGGCGGUCGACCGUGUGCAUCGAAUUGGUCAGACGAGAGAAGUCACCACCAUACAGUUCAUAAUGAACGAUAGCAUUGAAGAGAAGAUCACUGAGCUGGCCAAGCGGAAGCAGAAACUUGCUGAUAUGAGCUUGAAUAGAAAGAUGGAUAGACGCGAGCUUCAAAAGGAGAGGCUUGAGGAAUACAGAAGCCUCUUCAAGUGA